CGCUAACUUCUGUAGGUGAAGGAACGGAAAUAUCAGCACAGUUGUAUUUAAAAGAUUUGCUAUGUGUAAGAGGAAAAGUUUACGUUUAAGACAUUGAACACCUACAUAUUAGUAUUCAUUUGAUUGCCUCUGUAAAGAUUUUUUAAAACUCAGUGAGCGGUGUACAUGUUUAUAUCAAAGAAUCAAUUUAACUUGCUCUACCAAGAAGUUAUACAAGCUUAUACUUCAACAUCGAACGUUGUCUUGCUGUUUCAUCGUUAAUAUAAAGAUAAUCGCAAGAAAGAUUAUAAAGUGAAUCAUCAAUUAUGGAAAUCGAUAUUGAUAUCGCACAUGGCGUAAUGAAUUCUUUGAACAAACUCUACGUGAACAAAGAACUCGAAGACUUUGUGGUUGACAUUGACGGCACCGAAUUUAAAUGCCAUCGUGUUAUUCUUGGCUCAUGCUCUGAAUUCUUUGGCGGACUCUUCCGGUCAGGGAUGAAGGAAGUCGACGAAGGACGCGCUUCUGUACAAGGUAUUUCAGUCGAGGCAUUUCAACUCAUCCUUAAGGCCCUGUACACUGGGAUCAACGUGCUGACCAAAGACAAUGUCAUUGACAUUUGGCAUGCCUCAAACCAGCUUCAAAUACAGUUUUUGAUUAAGUUAUGCGAGAAAAGUGUCGUCAGCUGGUUGACCUUGGAGAACUUCGAGGAGGUUUUCUUCCACGCCAAACUCAUUCAGUCAGAAACAGUUUUGGAAGGUGCCCGAAAAUUCAUGCUUGAAAAUUUCGAGAACGUUCGAAAAACGAAAACAUUUUUAAACCUGUCAUUUAUUGACCUGCUUCGUGUAGUGGAAGAUCGGGAUCUCGUCGUGAAAUCUGAAGACCUUGUUCUCGAAUCUUUAAUGGAAUGGGUUGGACAACCCAAAAUUGAGAAAUCUGAGUUGGACGCUUCAACGAAAGCCAACAUUCGAAUAACAAGUGACAAAUAUGCUGCACAAAUCAAUGCCGUGACACAAAUAUCGACCAAAGAAAGUCGAUCGGUAUCAGGGUCAAAUGGUUGUGGUAAUAAUCAUAACGAUGGUAUAAAAGACGACCAACAAGUUGGGGAUCUGGAGAAGGAGCAAAGCAGAUCACAUGAAGACACAUCUUUAAAUGCAAGUACUGCUGUACGACCUGUCGAGAUAGCGAAAGAGAGUGCGUUUGAGGCUUUAGAAGGCGAACUCGUUUCUCAAGGUCAAACCGACACCAAGCAAAACUCCUCAACAUUUCAAGAUGGCAGUGGGACAGACCCAAAAAAUCCGGACUGGUCAAAUGAUUCUGGAGGUAAUCUCCUCAGAGAGAGACUAGAGAAAUUGCCCAAACUACUCGCUGUUACUAGAACUUGCCUAGCGAGUGUUUCAUUGCUCCAUAGUCUGUACAAACACCCAUUCAUACAGAGUAAUAACUGUGCUAAAGAUAUACUAUUUAACGCUAUACUUUACCACACACGUUACAUGCACGGGCAAUGGCCGACUGCUGCCCUGCACAGAAAAUGCAGCGAUUUCGAUCACUACGGAGUUCAAAUGAACACUGAUAGAACGUGCAAAGCUCUCUCCAUUUUCGAGGAGAGACUGUUCAAUUUAACGGCGCCAUGUGAUUCGGACACUCAAAUCCUCCAUUUAGUUGUUUUUGAUAAUGAUCUAUACUGUUGUAGUUUCGAUCGAUAUGAAGAAACAAGCAAACUGCUUCUAUUUAGAGAUAAAUCUUGGACCUUUAUUACCGAGUUACCUGGUCGCAAGUCCUUUCUCCUCGUUCAUGAAGAUGUAAUUUACGCCAUAAAUAGUGAACAGGGACACAUUUCAAUGAUAAAUCCUAGAGAUUCGUUGAGCAACCGGAACAAUGUUUCAAGCGUUCCGGAAACUGGAACGUUUGAAUAUGCAAUAAUCGUCGACAGAAACAUGUUGGUUUUUUCCACUGAGACAAAAGAUGGUGUGGAAGAAACAGCGGUUCAAUGUUGGGACUUGGUCUACAAUACUUGGAUGAGACUUGACAGCCUUGAAGGGCCGGCUAAACAUUGAUCAGUUUCAGACAUGAUGAGAAUAGUUACAUCUUGCAGCCUAACGGAAAUUUGUGGCAAAUUUUAAGAAGCGAACAAGGAAUACAAAGCUUUCAAUUUCUGGCACAACUUUGGAAAUCGCAGCAGAUUUUACAUGGCGCAGUAGUUUACGAUAACAAAGUGAUCAUAUUUGGAGAUCAGCCUGAACAGUAUCAUGAAGAAGAAACUGCAAAAGUGAAUCAUCUGAACUUUAAACAUGCAAGUGUGGUAGGAAAUAGUGAAUCUUCGAAUGUGGUCCCCGUUAUUUUACACAAGUCUUACGCAACUUCGAAAUAAAUAUGAAUUCGCCUAGCAUUAUCGUUCUUUUUAAGUCGUCAAUUCUAUUCACUUGCACAUGUAUUCACUUAUCUUUCAAAUACGUGCAUUCACGUAUCUUUCAAGUGCAUGUAUUCACUUAUUUUUCAAAUACGUUUAUUCACCUAUCCUCCAAACACACGUAUUAACUCAUCUUUUGGAUGCAUUUAUUCACUUAUUUGACAAUUAUAUGCAUUCACUUAUUUUUCAAAUACACGUGUUGACUUGUUUGACAAAUACAUGCACUCACUUAUGUUUCAAAGACAUGUAUUCACUUUUCAUUCAAAAUCAUAUAUUCACUUUUUCGACACGUAUAUUAUUA